CUCUAUGUCUUUUCCCCCUUUCCUCUUAUUUCAGAAUGGUCAAUUUUUGUCCGCAGUGUGGACAGAGAGUAGAGACAGUGUUUAACUUUUGUCCUUCGUGUGGAGGCAGGUUGCCACCACAAGAAGAGGAGCCUAUGCAGAUCACACCAUCUCCUUCACUGAAAGGGCUACAUCAGGAAAUCCAGGUUCAUCUACAAAGGCUUCCUGUAGAGAAAAAGAUGCACCUGUUUUUGCCAGAGGAAGAAAAAGCCUCUGCUUCAGUUAAACAAGGCCUUGCACAGACCUCAGCAGUUAUCUUGUCUCCCAAAGCAAAAGCAAAGCUCAGUUCCCGCUCUCCCAGGAAGGACAAAAGUGCAUUGGUGAAACCUCUCCCAGAGGGUCAGACCCUGACCGACCUGAAUGAUAAGCAGUGGAUUCUUAAAAAACUUCUGACACAGAAUGACCAUGGGAUGAUGUAUGAAGCAAAGUCAGCAUCUGGAGCCUGCUGUCCUAAGCAGAGAUACACCCUCAAACUUGACUGCAAAGAGGGGAGGAUCUUCAAUGAACAAAACUUUCUGCAGCGAGCUGCAAAGAAAGUCUCAGUAGAGAAAUGGAAGAAACAGCAUUUAGUACCACUGCUGGGGAUCCCUGAGUGUGUUGGUUUUGGUCUCCAUAAUGGUUGCUACAGGUUCCUAGUCUUCUCUAAUUUGGGUCGCUCACUUCAAUCAAUCCUGGAUGACUGUGCAAACAAGAUGACAGAGAAAGCUGCAUUGCAACUUGCAGUCAGGCUGUUGGAUGUCCUGGAGUACCUCCAUGAGAAUGAGUAUACUCACGGGAACCUUGCUGCUGAGAACAUAUAUGUGAAUCCAGCCGAUCUUACGGCGGUCACCCUGGCAGAUUACUACUUUGCCUUCCGGUAUAGCCCUGGAGGAAAGCACGUGUCUCAGCGUGAAGGCAGCAGGACUCCGCAUGAGGGCAACUUGGAAUUCAUCAGCCUUGAUAGCCACAAGGGAGCUGCACCAUCCCGUAGGAGUGAUCUUGAAUCCUUGGGUUACUGUUUAGUGAAGUGGCUCUGUGGAAGUCUUCCCUGGUCUGAGGAGCUGGCAAAUCCAUGUGCAGUCAUGGAGAAGAAGGAAAGGUAUAAAUCAGAUGUUAUCAAGCAUCCAAGGCUGUCGUAUGGCUGGAAAGCAAUUCCAGAAGCCCUCCAAGGCUACCUCCUACAAGUGAUGCCCUUGGAAUAUGAUGAGAAGCCAGACUAUGAAGAGUUACAAACAUUGCUGAAGAGGCCACUUCUGCUGAUGAAAACAGAUGCCUAUGACUCUGUGGACCUCAGGGUGGCACCCUAGGUUUCCAGCAUCAUAGGAGCUGAAUAUUGAAGAGUAAUGAGUAGCACAAAUAUUCUGAUUUACACAUUGAGAAGAUGAGAGUCCCAUGGAGCAACUCGCAGCAGAAUUUCCAUUGCAUGCUUUUACGCCUGACUUUUAAAUUCGAGUGAGAAUGGGAAUUUCUUAGAAUAGUUUGUUGAGAUCUUUUUGUGACCUUUUAGAGACUCAGGUCUUAGUCAGUUUUGUGGCUUAAUUAAAACUAGCUGGUGUGAAGUCUGAAUCCCUAUUUGGCUGAGGCUACUUGAGCACCAUUUAAAAUUGCUUAGCUGCUCCCGACGUUACUGUGAAUAUACAACAAAAGCCAACACUGAGUUUUUAAUGUUUUAUCUUGUACAUAUUGACAGGUCUAAAUUCUGUUUAUGCUUAUUGCUUCUUAACAGUGUGUUGAUUUAAUUUUAGAACAUGCUGUCUUGGGAGCCUGUUUCUGACUUAGGGAGCAGAAAGGUGGUAUAUAUCUAUUUUUAAUUAUUAAAUAGAAAUUCAGUUCAUUUUUAUAAUAAAGUAUUUUUCUCAUCCCA